AUGUUGCUAAUACUCAACGGUUGUCGGAAAUUCACGGAUUUGAAUGACUCUGAAAUGGAUCAGUUGGCAUACCAGUAUUGUAUUGGUGAUAACGAUAAUGCAAAGGUGAUGCUUGCUGACUUAUCGUGCAUUGUUGGCCCAUCAUUUAAAAUGGAACCUGAGCAUGAAAGCGUUUGUGCAGCUGCAGCUGAAGUCGAAUACGGUAAAGUGGUAUUCGAACACGAUGCAACGGCAGCGUGA